AUGUCAAAGAACAAAAGUGUUGGAUCCACUUUUGACAGGUUACCAUGUGCCACAUCGACCCGUGACACUCUGUUCAUCAGAGACCUGUCUAACUUGACAAUAAACAUUGACAGAUUUGUGAUAGUCGCCACUGAAGAGUCUAUAAAGACGAAAGGGCUGGUUGUUGGGAUCCCCCAACAGCCCUCUGGCUACUUUCCAUUUAACUCCCAGUUUAAACUAGUCGCUCGCACCUCGCUUCGCUCGGAAUUCGCGGAUGCCGGGUCAGCGGAGGCUCUUCGAGUCUCCACUACGUUCUCUACCGCUCGUGACGCCUUCCAAAAGGCAAUUAACGACGGCGCCAUUCAGGCGAAAAAGGACGAGCUGACUUUUUGGGAUGAUAAAUGCGCACUCAACUCUUGCUACGAAGCUGCUGCCCUCAUCGUUAAGGCAACUUACGAUGAUCGCAAAUCCAGCUACAAGCUCCCUGUUUUCUCUACAGAUAACAAGGGAGUUCGACGUAUAGCAGAGUGGGUAGUGUCUCCGCAAAAGAAAGCCGAAUGCAGUGCGCUGCAAACCAUACUGCCGGCGAUCUUUUCUCACAUCAAACAAAUUGUCAACAUGCGCCACCGCGCUUUGGCAAUUAAGAUUGAGAAAAAGCGGACGACUGCGGCAACAGCCGAUGUCGAGAUGGCCGACGCGACCAAACCAGGUCCGUCGAUUCAAUCCCUUAUUGAUAAGGGCUUGAAUGCACGUCUCAAGAAGCUCAACCUUGGAUCUACUUUGUCUGGCCAGAAUUCGUCCAAGGCUCCUCAACCUCAGGCCAAGAAAGCUGGCCCUUCGAAACCCAAGUCGUCGUCGACGCCUUCGCAACGCAAGCCUCAAACCAAGGCUUCCAACAAGGUCGACAACAAGAAGAAAGGGAAGGGGAGAGCUCCCGUCAAGAACGAUCCAAAGGGAAAGGGAAAGGCAAGAGCCUAG